UACCUCUACCAGGAAGUAGCUACACUUCCAUUCAUUCUGUACAGUUUAUGCACGUAUUGUUACUACACUUCAUUUGAGAAUGCGUAGAAGAACCGAAGCUCAAGCGUCAAACAAUGAGCCGGUCAAUGGCGAUAGAAAGGAACCGGACCAAAGACUGCACAGACAAGCUGGAGGCAGAGUGUCUUACGGCUCUGUGCUCAUGAACAUUGGAAAAUGUUUACUUUUAAUCAUCAUCAUCCCUCCGUUCCUCAACUAUGCAUCGCUGCAGAGAGAAGGACAGAUGCUCAUGCCGAAAGAUGGCCAGGUUGUUGAUGUUGGUUUGGGUCAAAAGAUGCAUCUUUUGUGUAAAGGACACGGAAAACCAGUUGUCAUACUGGAUGCACCAACUGGAAUGUCCUCAGGUGUUUGGUUGCAUGUCCAAGAAAGUGUGGCCACACUAACAAAGGUCUGUACCUAUGACAGGAUGGGACUGGGCUUCAGCAAGCGGCUGAUGCCGAAUGAAACCACAGGAACUGAGAAAGUUUGGGGAAUGUCAACGACUGGAAGGAUGGUGGAUGAUCUCCACCGACUCCUGCAGGCUGCCGGGAUAGCCAAGCCCUUCAUCCUGGUGGGCUCUGAGCUCGGCGCUCUCAACGGCAGGUUUUACAGCCACAUUCACGAUGUGCAUGUGUCAGACCUGGUGCUGAUUGAUCCCAUCCCAGAGGACGUUUUUGAGGAGGACCAAUGGAAGGAGUACUGGUAUGGUAAGCUGUUGCCCUCACUCCAAGCCAGGCAGUUUUCAGCAGCUACAGGGCUGAGCCGCAUGCUGAUUAUACUUGGGGCGAUUGAACCGACUAUUAAAGGUGAAAAUGUCUCAGAAGAGGUCAUCCAGCGCCAGAAAUACCUACUGAGUAACCCUGCACACCAGAGCAGUGCUGUGGAUGAGCAUUACUUUUUGAAUGAAAGUGCAGCUCAAGUAAGGGAUAUCACAAAGUUCAAGCCCCUCUCUAGCAGAACAUCUGUGAGUGUGAUCACUGGGGAUUCCUUUGACCAGCAAAUACCAGAACACCUAAACCAGAUGGUAGCUAAGCUUCAAAAGAAGUUUCUGGAGGAGUCCUACUCGUCAGCCAAUCACAUUCACAUAAAAGGAGCAGACCGGCGAAUGAUCUACAAGAAGCCAUCUGCCAUCAGCCAGCACCUGAGGAAGCUAGUCAACCAACGACAAGCCAAACAGCAGAGCGAGUGACCCAUGGCCAACAUGUAACAAUACCCCAGACAUGGACAGUAAUCGAAUAUGUUUUAAAUAUUCAAUAAAAUAUUCAAGUUA